AUCGUCAUAAUCAUCUUUCGUCAUCAGUAACAACAAAUAAAAAACGAGGAUAACACUUCCAGCAUCACCACCACCACCACAUCACAAACAACAACAAUAAGCAAAACAUAAAUACGGAACAAGUUGUUCGUUUAUGCUUCGACGAUCAUAACCUUUUUGUAAAAAUGAAUCGAAACCCUCUCGCGCCAUCAUUAUUAUCACACUCAUCUUCGUCCUCAUUAUCAUCAUCAUCAUCAUCAUCAUCGUCGUCGUCGUCAUCAUCGUUAUUAUUUUCAUUAUCAGCAUCAGCCUCAGCAUCACUAUCCUCAUCAUCAUCUCUGAACAACACUCUGAGCGAACUGAACGAAUCCCUGGUAAAACCCUUUUUUCUGUCGGUGGCAAACAGCAGCGCCCUUCCCGAACUGGGACCGAGAGACAGAGAAGCAGCCGAAAGAGGGAUCGUGAGUCUAAGCGGGAUUAUCGCCACCAGCCUCAUGUUUUUCAUUAUCGGAGCAACAGGAUUUUUCGGUAAUCUCUUGGUCAUUUACUCUGUAAUUAGUGACCGUAAAAUGAGAUCCUCCGUGACUAAUUUAUUAAUUACUAAUUUAGCACUUGCUGACCUUUCAACUUUGAUUUCUGGAGUGCCGGAUAUCGUACUGUUUAUUCUGAACCGUGGAUGGCUACUGGGUGAAAUACCGUGUAAACUGCAUCGUUUCGCUAUGGUCACUAGUUUAUAUGUGUCCGUACUUUCAUUGUGCGCCGUGUGCAUCGAAAGGUACAUUGGAAUUAUCCACCCGUUUGAAGCACAUAUUGUGUGUAACCGGAGACGUAUCAUCUGUGUGAUAUGCAUCGUGUGGUUCAUAUCUUUGGUGACGGGUUUACCACCGCUUCUCUUCAACACAGUGAUGCACGACAAGUCAAAGGAUUCAGUUGGUUUCUGUCGCAUGCGAUUUCCAACAAAUUCCUUUCUUUAUUUCAUGAUUUAUAAAUUCGGAGAGUUCUUCCUGUAUUAUUUCGCUCCCUUACUUUUACAAAUGGUUCUUUAUUGUAUCAUUACAAAACAAUUGUUUCUUGGUAGUGAACAUCUACACAGGCCUGUUGUAAUGACUUGGACGGAAACCGGAAAUCGAACCGAGCGCUCUUCCGAUGCCCUUCAAGCGCGAAAGGGAGUUGUGAAAAUGCUCAUCAUCAGUGUAUUGGUCUAUUUUAUCAGUUACUCACCCAUCGAGAUUAUGCUGUUCUAUAAAAUGAUAUCGCCUCAUGCGUUCAAGGACCACUGGUCUUAUCACGUAAUUGCCAUUGUCAUCGCUUAUGUCAAUUCGUCCGCUAACCCCAUACUCUACAGCAUCUUCAGCCAGAAUUUCCGUCGACGUUUCAACGCCAUACUCUGCGGCCAUGAAGAGAAAAACCGACACAUGACAGCUACCUCAACAAAUUCCCGCAUGUGGCGCCUCACAAGUCUCAGGUCAGCUACAACAGAAGUGUGACGGACAGUUCUCCUCCUUGCUGCUAUUGUACAUUCUAAUCUUUGAUUCCUUAAAUGUAUUUUCAUUUCAUUUUGGGGUUAUUCUUUUUAUUUAAUUUAACAAAUACCUAGCUUUUUAGGGUGUAUGUGUGUGUGUGUGCGCGUGAGAGAUAGACAGACACACAGACAGACAGAGAAAC